AUUAUGGACGUCUCCGAAUCUUUUGAAGUUGAGGAUUCAUAUAAUAGCGAAGAGAAACAACCAUUAGUCCACUCCUUCUCAGUUGAUGAACUGAAUAUGAGAGAAGAUGGGGUACAAGACUCGCCUAAUAACUUAAAAGGCGUUCUCAUUAUGAUAGUUGCUUGAUGCUGAUUUGGAGCCAUGGGCUUUAUGAUCAAAAUAGCAUAUACUAAUAAUCCAGACCUGACUGGUUUCGAUGUUAUGCUUGUAAGAUCAUGAACAAUGUGGCCUGUGUAUUAUAUUAUUGCAAAAAUUCUCAAAGUAAACCUGAUAAGCAUCAAAAGAAACCAUUUCUUCGUGCUCAUUUUUAGGUGUUUAACAGGGGCAACUGGGAUGUCUCUGCUAUUUGCCUCUAUCAAGCUGUUACCGACCUCAAUUGCCUUUAUGAUAUUCAACUUGAAUCCCCUAUUUGUGACAGUAAUCGCGUUCACAGUACUUGGUGAGAAGUUUGAAAUAUCCAAAGCUCUCUACAUCACAGGAGCGUUCAUAGGUGUCCUCAUCGUAGGCUACGGACGAAGAAAUGAAACUACAUUAGAUGUAUCCCAAAUCUAUGCUGUUAUAUUAUGAAUUGGGGCAGCUUUUCUAUGUGGUUUAGCAGUGGCGAGUAUGAGAAAAUUGAACAAACAUAUACAUUACAUCUUCUCUCCAUAUUAUCUCUGUAUUUUCUGUUUAGGAGCCUGAGUAUGAGCUUAUCUGUAUGAUUUCUCAAACAUUAAUAUUCAAAAUUAUGGCAAGUUCGACUGGAUAUAUCUGUGCGCAGCUGGAACACUCUCUUUACUCGGCCAAUUGCUACUCAGUCUUGCUUUCAAAUACGCACAUGCAUCCUCUGCAGCUCCUUUAUUAUACAUAAACUGACUCUUCAACGUAUUUACUGAUAUAUUCUAUUUCAAGCUGAGCUUCUUCAUCUCAGACAUAGCAGGAGCAUGUCUGAUCACCCUGUGAAUAUUCACCCCUAUCAUAAUUCUUUGAUUCAAGAAAGAGUAGAGCUUCAAUAGUC